AGGAAGGGGCGGGGGGCUGCAGAGCACCAGCAGGAAGAAGCAAACCCACCGACCGCCGCGAGCCGCGCGCGUCCUCUCUCUCGUUCCGCGCCAUGUGGGGGAUCCUGCUCGCCUUAACCGCUUUUGCCCCGGUGGUCGACCAGAGUGUGGGGACGCCGAGCCCCUCGGUGCUCGGUCUUUCGUCGCCCGCGACCACCGAGGCCCCGAGCUCGACGCCGGCCCUGCGUAGGAGCCCUGCACAGCAGCCCGCGAAGAAAGCUAACGGGACCUCAGAACAGCACAUCUGGUCUCACAACAUCAAGAAGAAAAAGGUCAUUGUGAAGAAAAAGGUUAUUGUGAAGAAGCGAAAGAAACCAACUUAUCUCAGUCCCUCGGCGACUGCUAGGCCUCUGGUGACAACCAGCCCAGCAGGGACAGUCAGCCUCUCUGAGAAGUCAGAACCAGGCUGUCCCCCACUGGGCCUGGAGUCCCUGCGAGUUUCAGAUCACCAGCUCGAGGCCUCCAGCAGCCAGUCCUUCGGUCUUGGACCUCACCGGGGUCGGCUCAACAUCCAGUCAGGCCUGGAGGAUGGUGACCUCUAUGAUGGGGCCUGGUGUGCCGAGCAGCAGGACGCUGAGCCGUGGUUCCAGGUGGACGCUGGGCGCACCACCCGCUUCUCAGGCGUGAUCACACAGGGCAGGAACUCUGUCUGGAGGUAUGACUGGGUCACGUCAUACAAGGUCCAGUUCAGCAAUGACAGUCGCAGUUGGUGGGGGAGUAGAAACCGCAGCAGUGGGAUGGAUGCGGUAUUUCCUGCCAACUCAGACCAAGAAACCCCCGUGCUGAACCUCCUGCCAGAGCCCCAGGUGGCCCGUUUCAUUCGUCUGCUGCCCCAGAGCUGGCUCCAGGGGGGUGCAUCUUGCCUUCGGGCCGAGAUCCUCGCUUGCCCGGUCUCAGAUCCUAAUGACCUGUUCCAUGAGGCCCCCAAUCUGAGGUCCUCCGACAUGCUGGACUUCCGGCAUCACAAUUAUAAGGAAAUGAGGAAGCUGAUGAAGAAGGUGAAUGAGCAGUGCCCCAACAUCACCCGCGUCUACAGCAUCGGGAAGAGCCACCAGGGCCUGAAGCUGUAUGUGAUGGAGAUGUCGGACCAACCUGGGGAGCAUGAGCUGGGGGAGCCCGAGGUGCGCUAUGUGGCCGGCAUGCACGGAAAUGAGGCCCUGGGGCGGGAGCUGCUUCUGCUCCUGAUGCAGUUCCUGUGCCACGAGUUUCUGCGAGGGGACCCACGGGUGACCCGGCUGCUGACUGAGACACGCAUCCACCUGCUGCCCUCCAUGAACCCUGACGGCUAUGAGAUCGCCUACCGCAAGGGCUCAGAGCUGGUGGGCUGGGCAGAGGGCCGCUGGAACUACCAGGGCAUUGACCUUAACCACAAUUUUGCUGACCUCAACACACCACUGUGGGAUGCAGAGGAUGAUGGGCUGGUGCCCCACAGUGUCCCUAACCAUCAUGUGCCACUGCCUGCGUACUACAAGUUGCCCAAUGCCACUGUGGGUCCUGAAACACGGGCAGUCAUCAAGUGGAUGAAGCAGAUCCCCUUUGUGCUGAGUGCCAACCUCCACGGGGGCGAACUUGUGGUGUCCUACCCAUUUGACAUGACUCGGACCCCGUGGGCUGCUCGCGAACUCACACCCACACCGGAUGAUGCCGUGUUUCGCUGGCUCAGCACCGUCUAUGCCGGCAGCAAUCGGGCCAUGCAAGACACAGGCCGCCGACCCUGCCACAGCCAGGACUUCUCCUUGCACGGCAAUGUCAUCAAUGGGGCUGACUGGCACACAGUCCCUGGGAGCAUGAAUGACUUCAGCUACCUGCACACCAACUGCUUUGAGAUCACUGUGGAGCUCUCUUGUGACAAGUUCCCGCAUGAGAACGAGCUGUCCCAGGAGUGGGAGAACAACAAAGACGCCCUCCUCACCUACCUAGAGCAGGUGCGCAUGGGCAUUGCAGGAAUUGUGCGGGACAAGGACACAGAGCUGGGGAUUGCUGAUGCCGUCAUCGCUGUAGAUGGCAUUAACCAUGACGUUACAACGGCACGGGGUGGGGAUUACUGGAGGCUGCUGACCCCAGGGCACUACAUGGUGACUGCCAGUGCUGAAGGCUACCAUUCAGCAACACGGAGCUGCUGGGUCACCUUUGAAGAAGGUCCUGUCCCCUGCAAUUUCCUGCUCACCAAGACUCCCAAACAGAGACUGCGAGAACUGCUGGCAGCAGGAGCCAAAAUCCCACCAGACCUUCAGAGGCGGCUAGAGCAGCUGAGGGGACAGAAGAAGUAGCCCCCAGCUGAGGAGCUCUAUCCAGACCAGGGCAGGCUGGACCUGUCCAGAACUGAAGGAGAAGAGUGGGGAGGGAGGGAAGGAGGGACACUGGAGGAGAAGGUGCUUGGGCUCAUUAAAACUAUCUGGCCCCUUUGCUGUCCCUCCUAUUGUCUCUGUCAGGCCUUAGCCCGCCUCUCAGUUCCUAUUCUGCC